UUCUGCUGUCGCUUUUGGCGCUCGGCCAUCCAGAAACAAACCACUUCGAUGACUCCUAAUAGUUAUCGCCAGAUGUACUAAUACACAACAAAUCACGGUCCGGGAGAGGGGGAGAGCAAAUGAGUUCCUAUUUCGUGAAUCCCACUUUCCCGGGGAGCCUGCCCGGGGGCCAGGACUCUUUCCUCGGGCAGAUCCCCCUUUACCCGGCGGGCUAUGAUGCUCUCAGGCAUUUUCCGGCUUCGUACGGGGCAAGCAGCCUGCAGGACAAGACUUACACCUCACCUUGUUUCUACCAACAGUCCAACACCGUCAUUGCUUGCAAUCGGGCUUCCUAUGAGUACGGAGCCUCUUGUUUUUAUUCGGACAAGGAAAUUAGUAGCGCCUCUCCCUCCGGCAGCGGCAAACAGAGGGGGCCCGGGGACUACCUGCACUUUUCUCCCGAUCAACAGUACAAAUCCAGCGGCGUGCAAGCCAAAAUUGUAAAUGACGAAGGCACCGACCGGAAGUACACGAGCCCUGUUUACCCCUGGAUGCAGCGGAUGAACUCCUGCGCUGGUACAGUAUAUGGAACUCAUGGGAGACGAGGGAGGCAAACUUACACCAGAUACCAAACGCUAGAGUUAGAGAAGGAAUUUCAUUUUAACAGAUACUUAACCCGAAGACGACGUAUUGAGAUUGCAAACGCUCUCUGCCUUACUGAACGCCAGAUUAAAAUAUGGUUUCAAAACAGGCGGAUGAAAUGGAAAAAGGAAAACAAAUUCAUAAAUUCCACACAGCCCAGCAGCGAAGAAACAGAGGAAAAGUCAGGGGAGUAGAACCACGUUUAAUAAACGCUACCAGGCCUUUC